AUGAAUUCAGAAUUGAUUGAUGGAGUAUUGGAGAAUUCACUGAAACAGGAUGAGAAGAAGCUCAAGCUCUUCUACUGGAGGAGCUCAUGUUCCGAGCGGGUUCGUAUUGCGCUUAACUUGAAAGGGAUAAAGUACGAGUACGUACCGGUGAACUUAUUGAAGGGGGAGCAAUUCAGUCCUGAUUUUACGAAGCUCAAUCCUCUUGGCUUUGUGCCUACCCUGAUGGAUGGCGAUGUUGUUGUGUCUGACUCUUUGGCUAUUAUAAUGUAUUUGGAAGAGAAGUACCCCGAGCAUUCGCUGUUACCACAGGAUCUUCAGAAAAGGGCCAUUAAUUACCAGAUCGCAAGUAUGGUUUCCUCAAGCAUACAGCCUUUUCAGAAUCUAGUUGUACUGAAGUACAUCGAGGAAAAAAUCAAUUCUGCUCUUGAGAAGCUGUUAGCAAAUUAUGCUGGAAGAUAUGCAACUGGUGAUGAAGUUUUUCUGGCUGAUCUGUUUCUAGCUCCACAGCUUGAUGGAGCGAUCAAAAGGUUCAACGUGGAUAUGGUAAUCUUCAACCCUGGGCCCACCAUGGUCAUCCAUGUCCAUACAUUGUAUGUGUUAUAACAUGGACAUGAAAAUAAUCUUAAUUAAAAUAA